CGUGGGCGGAGCGCGACGGUCCGUGGCGUGAACCGCUCUGUAGUAGCGUGACUGCCUGGUUUCUGCUCAUCUGACAGAGAGACACUUCGGCAGCCGGCGCAACCAUGUCCGACGACGAGCAGCAAGAGCAGACCAUCGCCGAGGACCUGGUCGUGACCAAGUACAAGAUGGGCGGUGACAUCGCCAACCAGGCACUAAAGGUGGUCAUCGAUGCAGCCAAGCCCGGAGCAUCAGUUCUCAGCCUUUGUGAAAAGGGAGAUGCUUUCAUCAUGGCAGAGACCGGAAAGGUCUUCAAGAAGGAGAAGGAUAUGAAGAAAGGCAUUGCGUUCCCAACCAGUGUGUCAGUCAAUAACUGUGUCUGCCACUUCUCUCCCCUGAAGAGUGAUCCAGACUACAUGCUGAAAGACGGAGAUUUGGUCAAAAUUGAUCUAGGAGUACACGUUGAUGGUUUCAUCUCCAACGUGGCCCACAGUUUUAUUGUAGGAGCUACUAAGGAAGCGCCUGUGAAAGGAAGGAAAGCUGAUGUCAUCAAAGCAGCACACAUGUGCGCGGAGGCUGCUCUCCGUCUUGUAAAACCUGGCAACCAGAACACACAGGUCACCGAGGCCUGGGCCAAGAUUGCCCAAUCAUUCAAGUGCACCCCUAUUGAAGGCAUGCUUUCCCAUCAGCUCAAACAACAUGUUAUUGAUGGAGAGAAGACUAUAAUCCAGAACCCUUCAGAUCAACAACGGAAGGACCAUGAAAAGGCAGAGUUUGAGGUUCAUGAAGUGUAUGCAGUGGAUGUGCUGAUCAGCACAGGAGAAGGAAAGGCAAGAGAUGGAGGGCAGAGAACAACCAUCUACAAACGGGACCCCAGUAAGCAGUAUGGACUAAAGAUGAAGACCUCUAGGAUGUUCUUCAGUGAAGUUGAGAGACGCUUUGAUGCCAUGCCUUUCACUCUUAGGGCGUUUGAGGAUGAAGCGAAAGCUCGAUUGGGAGUGGUGGAGUGUGCCAAACACGAGCUACUUCAGCCGUUUAGUGUACUACAUGAAAAAGAAGGCGAGUUUGUGGCUCAGUUUAAGUUCACAGUGCUGCUGAUGGCCAACGGGCCUCUGAGAAUCACCAGUGGACCAUUUGAAGCCGACCUCUACAAGUCCGAAUAUGAUGUAGAAGAUCCCGAACUCAAGUCUCUGAUACAAAGUUCUGCAAGUCGCAAAGCACAGAAGAAGAAGAAAAAGAAGGCCUCCAAAACAGCAGAGAAUGCUACAGGUCAACCAGUUGCAAAUGAAGUUGCAGCAAACUAAGAGGCGACACAACACUCAUGACACCCUGAAAGAGCAAAAACCUCAACAUUUCAGUCUUGCCCCAUUGUUUUAAGCUCUUCCUCGAGAGUCCUUGUUAAAACCUUGUGUGUGUGUGUGUUUCUGCCGCCUCCGGUUGUGGAGAAAUGUGUCAUUUAGAUUUGGACUCCCAGGUUGAGUGCAACAAAUUUGUACUUUUCAUAAUAAAUCUAUUUACUCUUUUGAAGCACUCGGUUUACAUUUGACAACUGGAAUGCAAUGCCUUUUUCAAAAUGUAAUUAAAAAGACUUCGCAAUUCUUUUGUAGAGUUGCGUUUUUCACAAAAUGUAUUGUUUACUUCAUGAAAUCUUGUGUUUGGCACAAAGUUUAAUUUGAAACUUUAUUAGACUACAUGCGAUUUAGUCAUUUAGAGUCUGAAGGCCAAUUCAAUGCAGGUUUUUCUCAAACAAAAUGAAAUCUAAAGACAACUUAAUAUUAGCUUAUGUUUGUAGCUCAUUCCCUACACACUGACUUUUUAAUGAAAUUGUGGUUAAUUGGUUUUAAAAAUACAUAUCAAGAUGUAUUAACUGAAGUAAUAUUACAAAGUCAGACUUAAUAAAAGUUUGAUUAAUGGGUCUGAUUUACACUAAGCUGGUAUAACUCACUAACCUGCUUAAACUGAACUAAGAGGUCCAUAACUCCCACUUGCUACGCCAAGGCCAACACCAUCACUUUUAUUUUACUUUUAUAAAGCAACUGAUCUGGAAUAUUCAGCUCAAGUGAAUUUGAAAAGGCUUCAAGUGAAAUUUCAAUACAUUUAGUUGAGGUAUUGCAGGAGAUGUGAUAGGAAAAGGCUCUUUAGGUUUAGUUGAGGUUGCAUGAGUAAAUCCUAUGGAAUGUUGGUAAUUGGGAUGAACAGAUUUUUGCUAAUUUUAUGUAAUUCCUGGAUUGCAACUUCGAACAAUUUAUGUGGGAGAGAAAGAAGUCUUGUUUUUGUAGUAUAAACCAAAAUGUGGGAUUAUUUUACAUAUAUCAAAAUAAAACAACUUAGUUUUUCUUUA